AUGACCGUGACUUUGUCACUUGUGUGGAGUGAGGAGGAUGACUAUACAACAUUUUCACCUUCAUCUCCAGACACAGAAAAAAAGAGAUCAGCUUUUGAAGACCUCACUAAUACUUCUCAAAGUCAAACUGUGCAGUCAAAGAAGGAAGAUGAUACAGAGCAUAGGAGCCAUGCUUCCAAGAGGACAAGCAAGGGAGCUGCUAAAAUUUCUCUGAGAAAAAGUUCCAAGGUUGGACUUGUCACCUCACUGUCAAAUGUGGGGAAACAGUUUAUUCUGGAUAUACCCAACAAGUCUAAAACACUAACUACUAAGGAACCAUCUGUCUUUCAAAAGACAUUAGUUUUAAAUAAGGAACCUGCUACGAAGGAGACAAGACUUUUGAAGAAGACAUUACAGAGCCGUGCAUGCCAUCAGAAGACAUUUCUAGUGGAGAAGCCACUAAUCUUGCUGGAGGAGAGUGAAGACUACAAUGAGUUUGAUGCAGAGCCCAUGAUGACUUCUAAAAGGAAGAAGAAGCCAGAAGAAGCAGACAUCACUGAGAAGAUGAUUGAUUUAAAGAUGCCUUUCAUCAGGAAGUUGACUGUCACCUUGAGUCCAUUGCCUUUAAAGAAUAAAUAUAUUAUACAAGAAGAGAAGUAUACUGUUCAGGGGAAGAGUUUAGUCAGGAAGAAAUCAUUAGGAUUAAAGGUGCCAGCUACUAGAGAGAAGUCAGUAAUUGGAAAGCCAUUUUUUAAGAAAAAGAAUCCUACCACUGAAAUGAAGUCUUUGUUACAGGAGCCAUCUUUACUGCAAGAGAAAUGGAACGUUCAAGGGGAGGCAAGCAUCUUGAAGAAGCCACGGGUGUUGCAAGAGAAUACAAAUAAUAAAGAUGACGCUUUAGCAGAGCCAGUUACUUCUAAGAGGAAACAUAGUACCAAAGAAGCAACCCACACAAAAAAGCUAUCCUCUUUUAAAAAUAACCGUGACACUCAGGGGAAAGGCACCCGUGAACAUGAGCCAUUGUCCUAUAAGAACUCCAACACCAAGAAAGAUUCGCAUUUCCAGGGGCCGUCUGUAUUGCCAGGCAAGUGCACUGCUCACGUGAAGGUAUCGGCUGUGGAACAGUCCUUGGCUGUGCCAAAGCCUACCACUGAGGAAGAGGUGCAGCAUAUUCAUGUAGCUCCAGCUUUGAAGAAGUGCCGGAGCAUGGAAGAGGCCACUUACUUGAAGAAGCCUUCACCUUUAAAGAAGAAGCAGUGUCUCAGUAAAAGGAGAUGUUUGUUCAAUAGCCCUGUAGUACAAGAGCCAGUCACAAGUGAGCCACUGUCCUUCAAGACGUCUACCACUAAGAAAGAACCCCCUUUCCAGGGGCCAUCUGCAUUGCAAAAGAGGCACAGUAGUCCUGAGGUAUUGUCCAAGUCGAAGAAGCUCUAUGGUCCACAAAAGCGGCAUAUUAAGGAGAAGUCACAUGUUCAGUUAGCAUCAGCUUUUAAGGAACCAGCCUCCACUCUGAAGCCUUUAACUUCAGAGAUGCAGCAGACUUUUACUCAAGGGACAGUGUUCCAUUUUCUAAACCCACGAGUACUAUUGACAGACAUUUCAAGAGCAGGGUCACUAAGAAAGGAGCCACCGCCCUUUAAGAAAGGAAAUACAGCUUUACCGAAAAAAAAGUGUGCUACUCAUAUAAUCCCCCUCUGGCCAGCACAGUCAGAAUGGCUGGAAAAAAUUGAUGAAACUAGGAACUUUCUCUCUAAAAAGCCUGGAUCACUUAGGAAUGAAACCAUAACUAGGUUCCAACAGAAUCCAUCUUCAUCGCAUGAAAAAUAUUCCAUUCCUCAGAAACCACCCCCUGCAAUGCCAUCUGUCUCAGAGGAGAAGACCACCAGUCAAGAAGGGGCAUAUAGUAAUGAAUCAGUGACUUUAAAUGAUGACAAGGAACUCUUCUCUCCAGAGCUAUUUUCUCCUUAUAGUUCUGCUGAUGAAGAUACAUUGAAAUUCCAGAAGUCUUUGGACUUUCAAGAAAAGACUGAUAGAAAAAAUGGCACACACACAAACCUGCCUGCCUCCCAGGACAAUGUUUCCGAUGAAGAGUUGUUUUUAAGAAAGCUCUUUUGUAAGGACAGAUACCCUUCCUCUGUGGAAUCGAGCCAAGAGAAGGCUGCUGCUCUAGAGCAGGAGUUUGUCUUAAGAAAAGUGUUGGAUGAGAGCAGCAGUGGUGACAAUAACGAGUCUCUUAGUCAUCAGCCACCGUGCUUUCAAAACUACUCCAACACUAAGGAAGAGGCCUCGGAGGAACCUUUAAACAUUCCAGAGAAGAUGGCUGUCUGUAUGGAGUCAACGAUUACACAAGGUAAUUCUAUUAAAGAGGCUGCCAUCAAGAUACACACCACUGACACAGAAACUCAGUCCAAAAAGUUCUUGACCUUGCAGGAGACAACCAGCAUUGAGGAGGAAACUCUAAAAGAGCUCAUAGCUUCACAGGAGAAGCCCAGAGCUGAGUUGGUGACUGUUCUGAAGGAGCUACUAGUCGUUGUGAAGAAUCCCAGUGUAGAGAAGAUAACCUUGACCUCUCAGGAGAAACAACUCAGUAAUGUAGAGGAUCUCUUGAAUGAAGUAUUGGAAUUGGUGGAGAAACCUACUGCGAAAGAAUCUACUCUGGAGGAGCCCUUGGUCUUGCAGGAGAACCCUAGCACUAAAACAGAGGCUAGCCUGAAGGAAGCAUUGGCCUUGAAAGAGAAUCCCAGCCCUGAGAAGGCAAGCUGCAAGGAGUCUUUGACCUUUGAUCAUAAGGCUGACAUUGAGAAGGAUGAUGUAACCAGAAAGACACUAACUGUUGAGGAGUCCACAGUGACACUAGCAUUGAAUGAGGGACUCACUGCUGCAGACCAAUUGUCCUUCUCAGGUCUACCACCUUUGGAAGACACUACUGUUAUUGACGGCGAGGAUUUUUCCAAAUCAUUCCUUAUCUUUCCACCUGAGACUAACCCUAAUGUGUCCAGCAAUGCUUUAGCAUCCAAACCAGACAAUUCCAGUGCUGCCAUGCCCUGUGUAGAAAACUUCGGUCCUCUCAUGAGUUCUAGUCCAUAUGACUCUGACUCAUAUGACUCUCAGUCAACUCAGGGCAUAAGACUUCCUGAGAUAAUAACACUGGAUGACAGUGACUCAUUGGAAAGGAUUGAAAGGGAAGACAGGAAUCCCGCAUGCAACUCUGUAUAUAUCAAGGAAAUCUUCUCUUACUUGAAGAAGAGAGAGGACAAGUUCAUAGUUGGGAAAUACAUGGAGCGGCAGUUGGAGCUCACCAGUACGAUGAGAGCCAUUGUUGUGGACUGGCUGGUGGAAGUACAGUCAUCCUUUCAGAUGAGUAAUGAGACCCUGCAUUUGGCAGUGAAGCUAAUGGAUUGCUACCUAAUGAAGGCACAAUGCAAGAAGGAUAACCUACAGUUCCUUGGUUCCACUGUCUACAUGAUUGCAGCCAAAUUUGAGGAAUCCUAUCCACCUCCUCUGCGAGAGUUCCUUUAUAUUUGUGAAGAUCCUUAUGAACCGCGUGAUAUGACUUCCUUGGAAAUGAAGAUCCUAAAAACUCUCAACUUUGACAUCAAUAUUCCCACUGCAUAUCAUUUUCUGCGUAGAUAUACUACGUGUGCCCAUGCUAGCAUGAAGACACUAACUUUGUCCCGCUUCAUCUGUGAGAUAACCCUACCAGAAUACGAAUUUAUCAAAGAGAAGCCAUCAAAGCUAGCUGCAGCCUGCCUUGCCUUGGCCCUCUAUAUGCGGAAUCUCGACAAUUGUAUUCCUUUACUGGAACAGCAGACUCACUACAAGAUUAGGGAACUUUACACCUUGGUCCUGAAGCUAAACAGUUUGGUGGCUUUCCAACCCAAUUGUUGCCUCAAGAAUGUAUAUGCGAAGUAUUCUGAAGAGAACUUCUUUGAAGUUGCCAAAAUACCUCCUUUGGACAUGAACUAUCUAGAGGAGAUUUUACAGUGUGCAUUAUAG